AUGCUUAGUCCCCAUGAGGAUGAGCAGGUCGCACUCAUAGCAGCGACGCGGUCAGCCGCGCAGGCGCUUCAAGCGGCGAUAUGGUCUCAAGCGUGGAGGCGAUGGAGAUCGUGGACUGUCGGUAGCCAGCAGCCGGGACUCCGACAAGGUUUGUCACCUCCUCGGUAUCCGCACAGCGUCAUCAGCACUGAAGAUGGAGACAGAAUCGUGCAGGCUCGGACAGCCCACGAGGCUUCAUUCAAGUCACACAGCGGGGAAGCUGGCGGUAAUCUGGAGCUACGACCUGAUUCAAUGAGGCACAAAGAGAUCAGCGCGCGAUGGCAAGCGCCGCAUGAAGUGUUCACCUUCGGUCGUCCUGGGCCGCAUCCAGAGACCGAAUCGCCAAACGAUAGGAACAAUAACGAGAAACGGAAGGAUGAACAACAGGUGGUAUCCUGCAUACUUGGAGAGAAAGAGACAGCUCGCCAGGGGUACGAAAGAGCGCGAUGCAUAACUCGCCCUGGCAGCGGAGAGCGUGUUCAGCAAUACCGUGAGAACCAGCUUGCAACAGCGACAUACACAGGUGGUGUGUGUUAUGGCGGUAGAGCCUACAACACCAUAUCGUGUACACAAGCCUGGUCUUGCUUCGGAGUGUGGCCAUCAAGAUCGUCAGCAAACUCGGAAGAAACGUGUCGUGUUGGGAUGCAGCACUCGCCGAUGACAUGAUGGGGAGGUGUUCAGGAGAGAUCGUGAAGGAUGAGGAGAGAUCUGACAAAGUUCGGAUGGCUAACCGUAUUUGAGCAGGCGCCUCCUUCUCAACGCCAUCGCCGCGCGUGAACACGAGCGUAUACUCCUCCACGAAAGCAGCCCCAGUUGCAAA